UUCCCCGUGCCUGCGAUGCCCUCGCCUGCACCAAGAUCCAGACAUGCAUCCGAAAGCCCGCCUUUGCCCUUCGAGAGAAGUCCAAGUCUCUCAGACUUUGAGAUUGAGCGUCCUGCGAAGACCCCUCAUCGAGCGAACCGGCCGCUGCGACGAUCGUCCGAAUAUGAUCCAGAACAAGUGUUGCGCUCCGUUGCCGCAGUAAUCGCGGCGAAGGCUCGUCCUACCACCGUAUCUGGGCGGAUUCCAGUUGACCCCGCCCAACUGGUCCUCUUUUUCCGAUCGAAGAGCGGCAUCACACAUGCAUUGGAUUUCCCGAUAGACGUUGAACAUGACACACCUCCAGCACUCGACGUGCUGAUAGCAGCAUGCAAGCCGUACCCACCCACAGAUGGCUCGGAGAAUUAUCCUGAAGCUAUCUACUAUCCUCCAAACCUCCCACUAACAGCCACAUUAGAGAUGGCUAAUCACCCCAUUCUCGACGCCGUCCGGAACACCCUUUUCCCUGCCUUACCAGUCGGCCAUUAUCUCGUCGCAUUACGCGACAAGCUCGAGAUAAUCGUGACCGGUGGGAGGAUGAGUCCGCAGCCGCGCACUCUUCGAAGCGAUGGGCGGGUCGCUAUGAUUGUAGUGACGCUCCCAGUGCGCUUCCGCGGAGGCAACCUCGUCGUACGAGACGCGGAGGGGAAUCCAGAGAAGUUCCACGGCAGAGGCGGGAAGGUCGGCGACAUGGAGUGGGUGGCUUUCCUUUCAGAUUGUGAUUACGAAACGGAGACGGUCGAGAAGGGAUGCAAAGUCUGCAUCUCGUAUGCCGUAUACGUGAAGAGCCAUGGACCAUCGGGGCUCACUCCAGACCCCCUGAUUACCCCGAGCAUUCAGUUCCUCGAUUUGCUCAUCCCAAUCCUCAAUGUCACCCGCGGUCGGCAGAUAGCGUUCUAUCUGACGGGGGAGUAUGGCGUUAAUCCAGCCGAGCUCAUUGCGGAUUCCCUGGUGCCUAAUCUCAAAGGCGGUGAUUCAUUGCUUUACCACGCUUUGAAACUCUUCAAGUUAAGCCCUGAGCUACGGUGGACAGCGGGCGGCUAUAUCUGGCCUGUUGACCGGGCAGUGGAAUGUGUGGACGAGAUCGAUGUCAUGGGCGGUGCACGCACACCUCUGGCUACCACGAACGGUUCUCGCCGUGCUGCAGCAGUGCGCGGAGCUUUCAGCGCUUACGGCGAUGAAAGCAGCGACGUCUUGGACCUCCGGAGCAGGGUAGAAGACAGCGGCGCAAUACCACUUGCAGAAGCAGACAUUACGAUCUUGACAGACUGGAACCAACCCGGACCCAUCACAAGGGAGAAAGUCCCUUUCGUCUCGAACGGCACGCUGGAGAAGCUCAUUGUCAAUGUGCUCCUGGUCGUCUACGUG